AUGGGAUUUCUGAAAAUUCUACGAAAACAGCGAGCUCGCGAACGAGAAAUGAGGAUUUUGAUUUUGGGAUUGGAUAAUGCUGGAAAAACGACGUUGAUGAAGAAGUUCUUGGGAGAGCCGACAGAUACGAUUGAGCCAACUUUGGGUGAGCAAAAUGAGCCCAGAAUCGAUGCUGACACUUUUCUAGCAGCCUGCAAAAUAUGCGCCAUGAAAAAUGCUCCAAAAAGAGCCUAAACUUGAUGUUGACGCAAAUUAUGUAGGCUACAAAAUUUGUGCCAACAAACAGUACGGAAAAAUCACCGAAUUCACACGUGGCAUUUCAAGGAAGACAACGUGGAUUUUUUGACUCAACACGCAGAUUCACGUGGAAUUUAGAACCAAACUACAGUAAACUCCAGCUUUUCGGCUUUUCUGUAAUAAGCUGAAAUUUAGAACAAAACUCUAGCUUCUCGGCUUUUCCGCAAGAAGCUGAAAACAAAAAACAAACAAAAAUUACAAAAUUAGAAUUUCUCUGCCAUUUUGUGGUCGAAAAUUUGAAAGAACUGAAAUAUUUUAUCGUCGAAAUAGCGUUUGCCUCGAAAAUUUCACGUUCACGCAAAAAUUUUAUUAUUUUUUCUGAUUUUUAUGUUCUUUUUGCUGACAGAAAAUAGUGAGAUUUGCUUCAGUGGAUAUCAACGCUGACGCAUUUUUUGUAGCCUACAAAAUAAGCGUCAAUCUCCCCCAUUUCCAGGUUUCGACAUCAAAACAGUGCACUUCAAAGAGUAUCAAUUGAAUUUGUGGGAUGUGGGCGGUCAGAAAAGUCUUCGAUCUUAUUGGAAAAACUAUUUCGAAAGUACAGAUGCGCUGAUUUGGGUUGUAGAUUCGUCGGAUCGAGGUGAGUGGCUGAAAUUCGCCAAUUUUUGACCUGAAAUUCAUGAAAAAUGUGAAAUUUUGACCCAAAAUUCAUGAAAAUCACUAAAUUUUCAACCAAAAACUGUGUUUUCAACAACCUGAAAUUAUUUUUUCUCAGAACGCCUCAAUCAAUGCUCCGAAGAGCUCAAAAAAUUGUUGGGCGAAGAGAAAUUGGCUGGCGCUACGCUUCUGGUUUUAGCCAAUAAGAGCGAUUUGACGAGUGCGAUUGAUGUGGAGACGAUUUCGGAGGUGAGAAAAUGCGCCUAGACUCGAUGCUGACGUAUUUCUGGUAGGCUGCAAAAGAUGCGUCAGCAAAUUUGCUUCAAAAUGAGACCUGACUCGAUGCUGACGUGUUUUUUGUAGGCUACAGAAAACACGUCAGACUGCAAAUUUUGCGUUAACAAGAUAAUUUUCUGACGCAAAUUUCGCAGCUACAAAAUCUGCGUCAAGAAACCCCUUACUGACGCAUUUUUUGCAGGUUCUCGACCUCAAAUCCAUCAAAUCACAUCAUUGGAAAAUCUUCAGCUGCUGUGCACUUUCUGGCGACAAUCGAUUAGUUCAAUCGAUAAAUUGGCUUUGUGAUGACGUGGGAAGUCGGAUUUUCAUACUGGAUUAGGCCACGCCCAUUUUUCCGUGCCGCAAAUUGCAUUAGCAAAAUCUUUUUUGAUCUCCAAACCUUUAUGUACAUAAAAAUUGACACUUUUUGAAAAAUUUUCAUAUUUAUUCAGCUUUUCACACAAAAUCCUCUAAUCUUCACAAAAUUUUAUUUUCAUUUCCAAAAAAUGAAACUUUUUUGGUUCUUCCCAAUGUUUUGGGGUACUGUAGGUGCUACAGUACCUUCUAUCAAAUGCGAGGCCGAUGGGAAGUACUGUAGUCAAAUCAUGAAGUCGGUCAUACUGUACACCAGGAGUACGGUAGAGCAAAAAUGCUCGUUUCCGAUUUUCCUGGCUCGCCCCACGAUUUCGUGGGAGGACCCGAAAGCCACGUGGACAUCGACGAUUGGAGACUACUGUAGGAAGACGUGUUGCGCCUUUAAAGGUGAUACAGUAAUCCGAACCACAACUACAGUAGUCCCUUCCACUCAGGACCCGGUUGAGGAUUUUUGGAAUUUGCUGGGCUCGCAGAAUGUUUCGGAUUCGCAAGCGAGAUUUGAGAAAUAUUCGGCGGUUCGGGAAAAUGUCCAAAAACACAAUGAGGAUUUUGAAAAGGGGCUGACGAGCUUCAAAAUGGCUACAAAUAAGUUUUCUGUGGAGGUGAGUCCUGGCGCGAAAAUUUUGACCUACAGUAAUCUUUGCAGCUCGACUCUGAAAUCGCUCCACUCUCACUGGAUUUAUCCACCCUAACCCCCACAAAAAUUCAAAAUCCAACCAAAAAUCCCCGCCAAAAACGUCAGACUGCAAAUAGUACGGUAGACUGGCGUUUCGCGAUGAGACCCGUCUUCGAUCAAGCACAAUGUGGUGGUUGUUGGGCUUUUGCCAUGGUGGCGAUGGUCGAGGGAGUACUGUAUUUAAAGGGACACAAUGAGACGGGCGAUUUGUCGGUGAGAAAAAAAAAAUAAAAAUUGGUGGGAGGUAGUGGGGAUCGAACCUGCGACCUUGCACCCCGCGUUAACCCGAGAAAAUCGAGUUUUCUUCGAAUCACAAGGCCGCUGGAUCGAUCCCCGGUGUCUGCGAACAACAUUUUUUUAAUUUUUUUUUUCGCAGAUUCAGCAACUUUUGUCUUGUGACGUGGCAUUUGACACCAAUUUCGGUGUCAAAAAUCAAGGAUGCCAUGGUGGAUAUUUGCAAGUGGCUGCCGAUUAUUUAAAGGCGCAUGGUGAACGAAGCGCAUUGGAUAUUCCGUUUCUGAGUACGGUAGGUGAAUUUUGGAGCGAGAAAAUUUUUAUUUGAAAUCCUGAUUUUCAGCACCAAAAAUCCACGUGUCUCACCGCGCAAUUCGCACCAAUUGCACCAAAAAUCGCCUCAUUCCAAAGCGCUUUUCUCGAAUCCACAAAUGACACGCGAAUUUUGACGCAAAUGGCGAAUUCGAUGGUGGAAAUGGUGAAAAAUGGACCGGUUGCUGUUGGAAUGGCUGUGAGCAAGGAUUUGUAUAGUUAUGCGGAAGGUAGGGCUCAAAAUUCUGCGCAUUUUGAUGUAUUUUUUCUCGAAAAUCAUGGAUUUAAAGGGAGAUCGUUGCGAGACCCAAAUUAUCUAUGCGCCUUUAAAAAUCUCUCUUUCCAGGUGUCUACGAUGGUGCUUGCGGUGACAAAAUCAAUCACGCUGUUGUAAUCGUCGGAUUCACUGACGAUUAUUGGAUUGUUCGCAACAGGUUGGCCUAGAAACCCCAGACUCGGCCACCACCAUUUUUUUCCAGCUGGGGAUCGAAUUGGGGCGAAGAUGGCUAUUUUCGUGUGAAACGCAGUGACAAUAUUGAUCGCUGCCGGUUUUUGAGAUACUAUUCACAAGCCACUGAAAUUGGGGAGCUGGAAGAUUUCGAAUUUCCAAGCUCAACUUCUACUGAAGUUUCCUCCAACGAUACUUGCGAUAUUUGCGAUGUUUGUGAUGAAGAAGACGAUGAAGAUGAAGAAGAAGAUCUGCUCUUUACAUCUACAACUUCAGAUUUUGCAAAAACCUCGAUUUUCACCGAAAAUUCCGAUUAUAUUUACGAUGACUUUUAUUAUUUGUGA